UGCACUACUCUGUGCCAUUGUGAUAUUGCUAUUUGUCGUAUGUACAUUACAUACCCAUUUAUUAACUAAAACAGAUUGGUUUUAAUAAAUGAAACCAUUUUGUAUGUAGUCAUUUGCUAUAAAACAUUUUACUCGAAGAACUGUAAACACUCAAAAGUUAACAAUUCAUGUGAACAUGGCAAAAACAAAGGUGACAGGAGCCACUAGCAGAUUGAAGCAGGAUUAUUUGAGGCUCAAGAAUGACCCAGUACCAUAUGUUACGGCCGAACCUGUGCCGUCCAACAUACUGGAAUGGCAUUACGUCGUUAAAGGGCCGGAGAAAAGUCCCUACGAAGGGGGAUAUUAUCAUGGAAAGAUUAUUUUCCCAAGGGAAUUUCCGUUCAAACCACCUUCGAUUUACAUGAUAACACCGAAUGGCAGGUUCAAGACAAACACACGAUUGUGCCUCAGUAUUACAGACUUUCAUCCGGACACUUGGAACCCUGCUUGGUCUAUUUCUACGAUCCUUACAGGUCUGUUGAGUUUUAUGUUGGAGAAGACUCCUACAUUGGGGUCCAUUGAAACUUCAGAAUACCAAAAGCGAUGUUUGGCUGCAGAAUCUCUAGAGAUAAACAUAAAAAAUAAAAUGUUUUGUGAAUUGUUCCCUGAAUAUGUAGAGGAGAUUGAACAGCAAUUAAAACAACGACAAGAGGCAAUGUUGUUGAAUCAAGACAGUGGUGCAAAUGAAGUAACCUCUGAGCCACAGUCUAGUAUGAAUUGUAUUUUGACAAAUCUGUUUGUUCUUGUAGCUUUUGUAUGCCUUACUUACAUGGUCAAACAUGUUUUAGGAUCAUAUGAAUAGUCUUAAAUUUAUCUUAUUGAGCAAAAGAAACAAAAUUCACAUCUGCCGGCUGGUCUUUUGUUUUUUAAAUGUUUAUAACUACAUUUAUUUGCUCUACAAAUGCAAUGUACAUAUUGUAAUUUAUUUUGUAAAUAAUUGUUAUUCAAUCUUGAAAUAAACCCAUGUUUGACCUUUAAUAAAACUUCAUUUUAUGAGGUAACAAUGUAUAGAGUUUAACAUGCAUUGCAUGAGGAAUGUCUACUGAGGUUUUGCUACUUUUACCGUGUCAUUUAUUUUUAAAUGUAUUCAACAACAAGCCUUUAUUUGAAGACCGAAAAAGCUGUUAAAAAUAAACAUUGAAACAAAUUUAUAUGAAUCUUGAAAAGCUGACUAUAGACAGAAAUACCUAUGGUGAUUAAUAACUAGGUAUACUACUAUAUAACUAAUUUAUUGAAUUGAAGAAAUUGUUACGUGAGUAAAUUAAAUUUUAUGAUUUUAUUUAAUUUUUUCAAUUAUUUCCUAAGAAACUAAAUUUCAAUGUAAAAAUAUAUAUGGUGAAAUCUAGUAAAUUUUUGUAAGCAGGAUUUUUAAUAAAGGUUUUUUUUAACAAAUCUUAGUAGUGUUCAACAAAAUAUUUAGGCAUUUUCAGUAUUGUAUACAGUAUGCAUUAAAUAUGAUUUUCUAUAGUAAAAAAUGAUGAACCAUGGACCUUUUAAUGCUAAAGUACACAAUAAUAAAGCAAUACAAGGUUUAAGACUUGAAUGAAUAUAUGUCAAAUCACCAUAAUUUGAGCAAGAUAUGUUUUGUUAUGUAUCAUCAUACUAUUUAGAUUUGACCCUAAAAUGUGAGCUAUUAAAACUCAAUUUAUAAAAAAAAUGUCCUUACCUGAGAUUGCACAUCAGAAAAAUUUGUAUUUACGGAAUUCACAUUCAAAUGCAUGCUUAAUUUCUUUAUACUGUUCAAAACGUUUUUAUGCUAAGUAUAUGUUACACCUAUGUAAUUAUUGUGAUUUUAUGUGAUGAAUCUUCGUGAAUUAAUAUAGUGGUUUGUCAUUAUUAGUAAAUGCUAGCCCAUUUGCCUUUUGUAGUCCAACAUUUAAUGUUAAUAUCACAUAGAUUAAUUUAGUCUUCACUGAGAUAAAUUAUAUAUAUAAAGAUAUGUUGGUACAUUUUAUGAUUUCUGGAAUAUUAUUUAUAUCACUUGUAAUGAGCCUUGUCGUCGUUUACGAAUUUCGACCAUAAAUCUAAUAAAUUUGUACGGAAAA